CUCACCUCACCGCGGAACUCAAAACACAGUUCGAGGCUCAAACCUGAGCUGGAAGCCGUAAACUUAAAACCUGCGGUCUCCUCCACCUUCCGCUUUACUCUCGGAUUACAUCGGUGCGUCACGGACAUUUCGUUCGCGAUAACCUUCCCAGAAGCGAAGUUACCUAAGAUCUGACUUCGACAGGUAGAAGAAGUGCGAUGGCGAAUCCGGUGACAGUCACUUGGUCCAAAGUAUAAAUGUACUGAUAAGGCGUUUUUAGAAGUGGACCGUCAGUGACACGAAGACAGAGCCGCUGCGCCACGCUGUCACUCUGAACCUGGCAACCGCGUAAGUUAAUUGCAAGAUGAGUACAGAAGACCAAAUUGCACCGCUGUCUCCCAAGACAUCACCCUCCACACCAACCUUGACACCAUUUACGCAACGAAAAGAGAGUAACUCUUCAUCUGAAGACAACAGACAGGACAGCUGGGAGUUGGUUGAGGACUUGCGCGGACUGACAGGAAAUAUUCAGAAGCCUGAGAAGCGGGAAGGUUUGCUGUUGAAAAAGAGAAAGUGGCCCAUGAAAGGCUGGCAUAAGAGAUAUUUCCUGCUUGAAAGGGGCAUCCUUACAUAUGCCAAGACCGGGACUGAUCUGAAGAAGGGGAGGUUACGAGGUCGCAUUGAUGUUGGUCUCUCUGUCAUGGCCAUGAAGAAGAAGUCAAUGUGUAUCGACCUGGACACAGAGGACAGUAUCUAUCACCUCAAGGCGAAGACUCGGGAUCUGUUUGAACAGUGGGUGACGCAACUACACCAUCAUCGAAUGUUCCGUCAGAACGAGAUCGCCAUGGAGCCUCCCGAGCGACAGCUGCAAUCUGACCCCACCUCCAACAGACGACGUUUAUUUCUCUCCAAGCAGCCUUCAGCCCUUUUGAAGAAUAGCUGGCGCCAAAACUCACAAGACAUGGAGAAGUGCUGCAAAGAUCUGUCAGAGUGUGAGUCAGGGCUGCUGGAAUUAAAUCUGCUGCUGAAAAAUAUGGAAGUUCUUCACAGAACAUUCUCAGCACCUGCCAUUAACUUACUGCAGACUGAAGGCUCUAAAAAGGAGAAAAGAGGACACAAAAAAUGGAGAUCAAAGAAUUAUAGCAAGGAAAAUAAAAGCACACAACAGCAAAAUCCUGACACUUCAUCUUUCCGUCUGCACGUGUCUCACCCAAACUUGAUGUAUUCAGAGCCAGUUUCAGCAGACUCAUGCCUGGAUAGCCCAGACUCACCAACAGAAGCCUCUCGAAUGCAGGAGGAGUUCUGUCGGCUCGCUGGCACUGUUCAAUCCACUCUUCGGUCAGCGUACACUUCCCUUUGCACAGAAAGAGACCGAGUCGGGAGCACUUUGGAUUGUAUCAGUGAAAAGGAUGUCCUCGAUGGGUCACGCCCUCUCCUGCAGCAGGUGUCCAGUGAGAGUCGAGGGUCAAUCCCAGAAUCCCUGUCAGAGUUCUUUGAUGCUAAAGAGUAUCUGCUGUCUGGCAGCUCAUCUGAAAAUGAGGUGUCCGAUGAUGAUUCGUACAUCAGUGACGUGAGUGACAGCACGUCAGUAGAGUAUUGCAGGAAUGAGAACGGCAUCGCAAAGGAGAUUUUAAGUAAUGGCAAUGACUGCGCAGUGACGCGGCGAGACCGUUUGCCGAGUUCACGCAUGAACGAGAGUGUGAAUCUGUGGAGUAUUCUGCGUAGUAACAUCGGUAAAGACCUGUCGAAAGUUGCCAUGCCUGUUCAACUCAACGAGCCCUUGAACACCCUGCAGAGACUGUGUGAGGAAGUUGAGUACUGCCACCUGCUGGACACCGCUGCAAACACACACGACCCACAUAUGCGCAUGGUGUAUAUAGCAGCAUUUGCUGUAUCUGCAUAUGCGUGUUCGUUCACUAGAGCAGGAGGAAAACCGUUUAAUCCUAUACUGGGAGAGACAUACGAGUGUCUCCGGCCAGAUAAGGGCUUCCGCUUCAUUGCUGAACAGGUCAGUCACCAUCCACCUGUGUCCACUUGUCACUGCGAGUCCAAAAACUACACAUUUUGGCAAGAUGUCCGGUGGAAGAAUAAAUUUUGGGGAAAAUCCAUGGAAAUCGUUCCCAUGGGAGUUACUCACUUAGAGCUGCCAGGUUUUGGGGAUCGUUACGAGUGGAGUAAAGUCACUUCAUGCAUUCAUAACAUUCUGAGCGGUCAGCGCUGGAUCGAGCACUAUGGGGAAAUGUCUAUUAAACACUCUACCACCAUGGGAGACGUCAGUCAUUGCAAAGUCACUUUCCUUAAGUCCAGAUCUGGAGGUCUGAAUGCUAAUGAGGUAGAGGGUAUGGUCACUGAUUCAGAUGGGCGUGUCAUUCACUCUCUGUUUGGCAAAUGGAGCGAGGCCUUGUAUCUGGGCAAACCACCUUCGGUAACCUGCAUCUGGAGAGCAAAUCCCAUGCCUGAGGACCAUGAGCAGUACUAUGGAUUCACCCAGUUUGCAACUGAGUUAAAUGAAUUGGAGGAGGGUUUAAAGCCACUCUUGCCUCUGACAGACACCCGUUUUAGACCAGACCAAAGAUUACUUGAAGAGGGUGAUAUUGCCGGAGCAGAAGAACAGAAAGAAAGAAUUGAAGUCCUCCAAAGAGAGAGGAGGAGAGUCCUGCAAGAAAACACCAUGACACACUCGCCCCGAUUUUUCAAACGUGCUGACGAUGACUCUUGGGUGAGCAAUGGCACUUACUGGGACCUCAGGAAGGACCCUGGAUUCAGCAAACUAGAAUUCCCUGUGCUCUGGUGACCACCAGUGGAUUAGUCAUUGACUUUUCCCUUUCUGCUCUGGCUGUAUAUAGAUCCCUGCUUACUUGUUAUUUGUAUGCAAUCCUGCUGAACACUGGCAUUUAAUUUACCAUGCUUAUGUUGAUGUUUUUGUAUUGGUAUUUAUCUUUGUUAAACAGACACAUUUACAGCACGAGAUAGAAAGUACCUCUGGAAAGACAUUUAUGCCUUUAUGCCUAGUUGAUGUUUAGAUGCAAAUGCACUGACAAAUGACAUUUGUACGUGUCUGGAUAUAAUUAGUUUAUUAUUAAUUAAUUAAUCAAGUCAAUAAAAAAAAAAAAUCCUCAAAUCGAAUCAGUUAAAAUAAAUGACACAAUAUUAAGACAAUAUUAAGAUUUAGAAUCUUAAAGAACAAACACUGAAGUUCACCCUAAAAGAAAUAAAGAAAAAAAAAGAAAUUAUUUUUGUAAAU